GUUAGUGCGAGCGAGUCGACGACGCGACGGGAAUUGUAUUUUUUUUUGUUUGCAAAAAAAAAAGAAAAUCCUUCACUUUUCCUUUUUCCAAAGGAGACCUAAUUUCCAUCGCGCGCCGUAUUCCGACGCGCUUCAGGUCUAAGCUACGAUUAUUUGGUCUAUUUACCACCGCGUUCGGAUGAUAUAAAUAUAGUCCGCGUGUUUUUGUGCUCGAAGGGUUCCUCAUUUCCCAUCAUUCUCUCCACUUGCUUGUGUCGCGCAUUGCAAACGUUUCUUCGUAAUAAAAAUAAUUUAACAAAUAGAAUCGAAAAAAAGAAAUGCGAAUGAUGGAAAUAUAGUGGUUUAAAGUGGUUUUUGCCAGUGUUUCCCAGGAGGGAAGGCCGUUAAUAUCUCCGCGUUCAAAAUUAAUGCUAUUAUGUGACGAAGGUCGACCUGUAUGCAUGUUCCGUACGGCGUCUUUCUGCGUUCGAGUUUGUCGGAGGAGCCAUGAGCGGCGGGUCGGAGGAUCCGGAGAACAGGACCCUCAUAAGUCCUGCCACGACCCCCGGAUCCAUGGACAACGGUGUCUUCGUCACGUCCAAUUACUACAUCCCUCAACCCACGAAGAAGGUCAAAUGGUACAGCACUUUAUACAUACCGAAGAUGCUCAUUAUCAUUUCCAUCUUACAAAUUUUGAUGUAUUACUUGGAUUUGAAAAUGGAUAACAGACUGCAACUGAUUUUACGUUUUGAGCCUAAGAAACAGCAAGAGCUCUGGCGUUUCAUCAGUUACAUGCUGAUGCACGACAGUUGGAUGCAUCUCUUCCUCAACGUCAUUCCGCAAUGCUUCUUCGGUAUAAUCUUGGAGAAAACUCAGCCUAAUUGGAAGGUGAUUCUAGUGUACAUCGGGGGUGGAAUCGGAGGAGCCCUUGGAGCAGUCUGCGUACGUUCCAGACUACUAGUUGGAGCAUCGGCCGGAGUUUACGCGAUUUUAGCCUCGAAUAUAUCCUAUUACGUCUUGAACUUCACCAUGAUCAAAUACAAGAAAUCGUAUUGCAGCGCAUUCAUAGUGAUCAUCGUCUCAGACAUUUCGUACACCGUGAUCCAUUGCAAAGUCAUCAAGUAUCCGGAAAUCUCGUGGGCCGCACAUCUCUUCGGCGCUGUCACCGGUUGCAUAAUUGGACUCCUCUUCUACGGACACAGUUACCAAGACAAGAACACGUCAAAGUUCGUCAGAAUCUUCGCGUUUGCCAUACUAGUCAUUUUAAUCAUUUCACUUAUAGUUUUAGAUUGUCUAGACUUUCGAUAAUUUGUUUAUGAAAUUUGUUUUUUUUUGUUUAAUUUCCAAUGUGCAAGCU